CACAUCUCCAUCUUAUCCAAUGCUCUAAUCAUGACAGACAGGGAAGAGGAGGAGGAGGAAGAGGAGAAAGCUCAGCUUCCUUGUUGCCGGCACUAACGCUAGCCGAAAGCCUCAAACACGUAUAAAAACGGCGAUCGGACGUUCUGUACUGUAAAUUCCCCCUCAUCCCAAACGGUUAAAGUCAGCCUAUUCCUAACAUCUCAAAUUAACUACAUCCUUUACUCUUUUUCUACUUUCAAGUACCGAACAGUACAUACGUCACUACACAAAAUGGGUUUGAAGGGAAGCUGCAUGUGCAAGGCGAUCAAGUACGAGAGUACUGAGGACCCUCAAGUCACCGCCCUGUGUCACUGCACAGAUUGCCAGAAGUGGAGCGGCUCAGCCUUCACCUCCAACGCCGUCGUCCCGCGUACAUCUUUCAAGGUCACUCAAGGUGAGCCCAAGUUCUACGACAUCACUGGCGACUCGGGCAAGAAUAAUAGGCACUUCUUUUGCUCCAACUGCGGGUCUAGCUUGUAUACCGAGCUGGACUUGAUGGCCGACGUCACGUGCAUCAAGGCUGGUGGGCUCGAUGAGGGGAAGGUGAGCUUGGAGGGGAAGCCUGCUGUUGAGUUCUACUGCAAGGAUCGGGUAUCGUACCUGGUUGACGUUAAGGGUGCUGAUCAGAAGCCCGCUUUCAGUUGAGUGGCGAGACGUGUACAUAUACUUGCAGGCGUGGAGUUGUUUGUUAGGCGAGCGUUGAAGUUACAUGAGAAUUCGAAUUAACGUAACCGAUGAGAGUUCCUCAUCUGAUCCGUGAUCUUUCCUACUUUACAUACAGAGAGAUGCAAGUGUCGGAUUCGUCGUCCUAGCCACUUCCUGGCCAGUUGUAGCUCGAAAUAAAAGCACAGUACCAGCUGUCAAGGCUUUCGACUGCAGUGUACGAAGAUUACACUAAGAAUCUAAGCCAAACCCUAACGCGCGAUUCCAUCUCGCGCGUAGUUUAAUGCGA